CAAUAUAGUAGGUGUAUUUUAGUAGUGUGUAGUCACUAGUCACACCCAGUGAGAACACAAACAAUAAACAUUAUCAUAUUAUAUUACGAUAUAUUAUUAAAACUUUAUAAUAUUAUAUUGUACACAGUGAUGUCGCGAACAAAAACGAAAUACAAACAAUUGCGUCCGGAUUCUGAACACCCGCUCCGCCGUAAUCGAUAGGCGAUACCGUCACCGACAUCACCAUCACAUCGACAUCGAUACUUAUUUUAUUUUUUUGUUAUAAACAAAUGCGUGAAGCGUCCGACUUUGCAUGCACGAAAUUAAGUAGUGUUAUUUGCUAUUAAACGUACGGGGGACAACAUUCCCGACGGAUCCGUUUUGGCAACAGGUGAAAUCGACGAAAUCGCGUUUCUGUGAUUCUAUCAUUGAGCCAGAAAAGUAGCCAGAUAAUGAUGAACAAAUUUCAAAAUUCUCUAUCAAUUUAAUACAUAUAAUUACCAUGGAUGACUUAGCAGAAAGGCAAAUUAGAGCUGCAAGAACAUUGUUCAAUCUUGCUCACUGUUAUUUGAAAACGACAAAAAUUGAUGUUGAAGAAGAAAAGACAAAUUUAAACGACGAAAAAGACGAAGUAAUAAAAAAAGACAUCCAACAAAAAGAAAAGGAAGAAGCAAAUAAAAAUAAACGUAAAAAAUUAGUCAAAAAAAAAAAAAAAAAAGAAUGUGAUUCGGACAAUGAAAUAGAAUUAUACCUACAAGUGCAAGUCGAUUCAAACUAUCAAAAACAAUUAUGCACUGAUGUACAAAAUAUAGAUUUAAAUAAAGCACCACAAAAGUCUGAAAUAGAAAUAGAUUUAAAAAUCGAAAUUCCAAAAAAACUCAAAAGUUCGUAUCUUAAAAAUAUCGACAAAGAAAAACAUUUUGAAGAGGAAGAUAAAAAAAAAUCAAAAGAAAAUAAGCAAAGAGAAAAUAAACAAGAAUUAAUUAAUCAAGAAAUAAGUGAUGAUUCAGAACUUCAGCAUAACACAGAGAAAGAAAUAAAACAAAAUAUAAAUAAAGAUAAUGUAUGCAUAGACUUGGAUGGAAAAAUUAUCGAUUGUGGUAUAACACAAAUUCAAAUACAAAAAGGGAUUGAAAUCGAAUCACAAAAAAAUGAUAAUAGUGACAUUUUACUAGAACUUGAAUUACAAGAACAGCAAAAUAUACAUGACAAUUUAAUAGAUACAUUUCACAGGUCAAUUCAAAAACGGAUUGAACGACUUAUAUGUGAAAUACCUUUAAAACAUCAAAAAAUAGAAAAAGAACUAUAUCAAGAACUUGAAAAACUUAAUAAAGAAAUUGCAGAACUAGAUCCAGAAAAUGUAGAUGAAUUAAAAAAAGAAAUUUUAGAAGAUGUUUCUAAAAAGGACUAUUUACCCGUUCAAAUAAAAUUUUUAAAAAAUCUAUAUUGCUCAUUUAACCAGGAUUUAACACCCUUUUAUAAUAAAUUAGACCAAUUAAGCGAUGAUUUAACACAAACAAGUAUACAACAACAAUUGAAUAAAGAAUUUUUAAAAAAAUUAGAUAAUUUAUUGCAACAAAAAUGUAAUGAAGAAAUCCAGGAAGGACAGCAACAAGUUAACAGUAAAGUAAAACAUAUGGUUAAUGAAGAUGUACAAGUGGUCGGAGGAAAAAAAAAAUUAAAAUCAAAAGAUGAAUUAAAAAGAGUCGUAGAAUUUCCAAUGAAUGAUGAAAUCGAAAAUAACGAAAAGAUUAAAGAAAAAGAAUUGCAGGAAAACGUUUUAAAAGAUACACAGGAAGAGGUUAAUGAAGCUGAAAGAAUACGAAAUCAGUUUAAAAAAAUCGAUGAAAAAGAGAAAUAUCAAUAUUAUGAUUUAGUUAUACAAUAUAACCAAGAAACAUCGCAAGAACUAAAAGGAAAUGCACAAAAUGUUUUAGGAAAAAAAGUAUCAGUUGAUUUCUAUGAUGAUGCAGUGAAAACACUUAUAAAUCAAACUGAUCAAGAUGCAUUAAAAUCAAAAAUAUGCGAGGAAGGUAUAGAUGUCGUCGACCAAACACAAAAAAAGGGUAAUACAAAUAUACAGUUUCAAUUAGAAUUUUACAAAAGUGUAGAAGUUGAAGAGAAAUUACAGAACAAAAAUGAUUUUGAAGGAGAAAUAAACAGAAAUCUUGAAAUAAAAACUAAAGAAACAAGAACAGAGGUACAAGAAGACACUGAUGUGGAAAUAGAAGACUUCGAAGAAGAAUUACAAGAUUAUUCUAAAAUUGCGAAUGAUAAACAUUUUGAAGCAGUGCAUGAAAAUAAAAAAUUAAAAAUUGGAGCAUUGGAAACAGCAAUAAUAGAAAAUUCUGAACUAAAAAUUGGAGAUUCUGAAAAAGAAGUACAAGAAGAUUCAGAUGUGGAUAUCGAAGGCUUUGAAGGAGAAAUAUUAGAGUUUCCUGAAGUUAGAAUUGAAGACUUUGAUGAAGAAUCACAGGAAAAUACUGAUGUAGAUACAGAAGAUGUAAGUGAAGAAGAAUUCAAUGACAUAAAUGAAGUAGUAGAAAUAGUUGAAGAUAUAGAAGUAGAAUCUAAUUCUUCUGAAGACAAUUAUAUUCCAUCAGAAAAAACACCUACUACAACAUGCAAUGAAUCGCAUUUAAAAAUCGAUCCAAAUGCUAAACUUAAACACGACGAAGAAAAUUGUUUUAAAAAAAUCGAUUCAUCUAAUCCUACAGUAUUAACAGAUCAUAUUAAAGAGAAACAGACAUUUUUUGAACUUAAAAAUCAAUUAGAUGAAUUAUCCCAAGAAUAUAAAGGCUAUGUGCAACAAAAAGUGUUUAAUGAAUUACAACAAGAAAUAGAUAAUAAACAGUUACAAGAAAUGAAAAUAUUUCCAGAUACGUUUAAUGAAGUAAACUUAAACACAAAUGAAGAUUUUCAAAAAGAAAUUGAUGAAUUACAAAAUGAAUGGUGUCAAUUAGAACCAGAAUUUAUACGCGAUGUUCCAUUAAGUUUUGAAGAGGAUAAUUCUAGUCAAAAAUUAAAAGAAAAACCUUACAAUUUAUUCGAAAGAUUACAUUUUCUUCACAGAAAACUAUUAUGUAAAUUUGCCAAUUCCAAAGAGUGGCCAGAGAAUUGUUUUCAACCAUCAAGUUUGUUGGAUGUUUUGUUUGAUGACCCUACUGAGUUCAAACCAAAUGUGUUGGUGCUUAUAUUGCAUUCUAUAGAUAAAGGUUAUUCAAUAAAAAUUAACACGGACAAGAACUUGAAAUCACCAAAAGAAUAUUUUUUCAAUUAUUUUAAGGAUACAAUAUUGGAAUACAUGGAAAAUGAACACCUACCACCAGAUUUGUUGGAUUUAUUAGAUAGUGCUGAGCCCAGAUUAUUUUAUUCUGGAUGUGUUAUAGCAGAAAUCCAUGAUCAAGUAGAUGAGAUUCCAGGCAGAGUGUAUAGGUUAUUACUGCGUCCUUUUAAUAUGUCCAUUCAAAGUGAUGUAAACCGUAUAAUUGCUAAAAAUAGCCAUCCUACUGACACUAAUUAUUGGUCAUAUAAAAAAAGACUAAAACUAGAAAGUAUAUUGCUUAAAAAAUCGUAUCCAGUUAUGUGUAUGGAUUCGUCACCUAUUGCUGGUCUAGUAGUUAAUUUACAACAUCAAAUGUUAAGUUGUCGUACUAUAGUACUAAAUCCACUUAAGAGGAAAUAUAACUGUUCAAAUCAAAAACUUUUGAAAACAGAUUUGUACAAUGAAUCUAAUGACAACAUUAAAACAUCAAUGCUGUCAAAUAAACCACAAAAAGAAUCUUCAAAAUUAAUGGAUACCGAAAACAUCAAUAUUGAAAACUAUAUCUUAUGGAAAUUUGAUUUUCGUAUAAAAUCGUUAAACCUUUUCAAACUGUUUUUAGUAAUUAUAACAGAAACUCAAGAAUUUUCUCUAUUAUUAUGCACAAAUCCAAAGAUUGAUUCUGUUAAAAAGAUGCGGUUUAAGAUACAACUUAAGCAAAAUGAAUUGAAAACCUAUAUUAUUACUAUGCAAGAAGUUCUACGGCAAAAAAUUAGUCCUGAUAUAGAAGUAGUUCGGAGAUAUAAAUGUCAAGCUAAUUCAGCUCCUCUUUCGUUAAGGAUUGUUCCAUCUUUGUUUAAUGACAAUGUUUUUAAAGCGAAUCAUGCAGAUAUUAGUCAGUUGAUAGACAUAUUUAUAAAUAACACACAUAUUAAAUAUAUACCUAUAAAUAAGAUGUUGGAAAAUACGUUUAAACAUAAAAGUGAGAUAACUGAAUUUGAAUCUGAAAAAAGCGAUUUAUCACUAAUGAAAAAUAAAUUGGCCGCUGAUACUCAUAAGACUGUUGAAACAAAAGAGACUUCUAAAGAUAUAGAAAUUAAAAAAAGUAUGCAGUUUUGUACAACAAAAAAGUUAUCUACCAGUUCAAAUAAAUUUUUAGAUUUACCAUCAGUUGAUUUAUUAUUAGACAAAAUGACUGAUUCGUCACCAUUGCAAACACAAAUCAUACCAAAAGAUAUUUUAUUGGAUAAUGGUACUAUGUCUUUAUUAAAAGAAAAGUCGACCAAUACAGUGAGAAACUCUUCUCUUGAAUCAUCACUAAUACAGCCUACACUUGAUUUGUCAAAAUUGAAUUCAAUAGACAAAAUAGCUGAUUUUUCACCAAUACAAACUCGAACCAUAUCAAAAGAUAUUUUAUUGGAUGAUGAUACAAUGUCAUUAUUAAAAAAAAAGUCGAUCAAUACAGAGACAGACAACUCUUCACCUGAAUCAUCAGUAAUACAACCAACACUUGAUUUGUCAAAGUUGAAUUCAAUAGACAAGAUAGCUGAUUUAUCAUCAUUACAAACUCAAACCAUACCAAAGGACAUUUUAUUGGAUGAUGAUACGCCUUUAUUGAGAGAAAAGUUGACCAUUACCGAGACAGACUCCUCUCUCGAACCAUCAUUAAUAAUGCCAAUACUUAUGGUUUCAAAAAACGAUAAUUUUUCAGAUUUAGUCCAGGAAAAUAUAGUAUUGGUGUCAAAUAAUUCUAUGGUUCCAGUAUUUAGUUUUAUUACAUCUACUAUACCAUUUGAAUCAAGCCCUGCAGUUGUGUUAUCUAGUUUAUCAACAAUUAAUUCACUAGUUACGAGCAUUAAAACUUACAUGUUGCCUAUUGAGUCCUCAAGUUUGGGUUAUAUAGCAAAAUCUGAAAACAUGUCUUUACAAACUGAUGAAAAUUCAUCAUUUAAUGAUGAUGGUGAUGAUGAUAUUUAUACCAAUAUUAAAUUAUUACCAGAUAUGCAACCAGAGGAUUUAAUCCAUUUAAUGAAAGUAGAUGAUAUUGCAGUGAAUAUGUUUUAUGGUAUAAAUUCAGUAAUGCCCACAACCAGUAAUGAUGAUACUAUCACGAUGAGUCCAAAUGAAAAUAUAUUCACAAUGGUUUCAAAUUCUGAUGAUGUAGAAAAUAUUUCAGUUAUGAAACAUACAAAUGAAAGUGAAGUUGAUUUAUUUGGUACAAUGUCCAAUAUAAAUGAUAAUGGGAUGUUUCAGUUACAUGACACUACAAAUAGUACAAACGAAAUAUUCGAAGACAAAUACAUGUUAAGAUGUCUUCAAUUAUUUCAUCAAAACCCAACACUGCCAGAUAUAUCUAUUUUGCCAGAUAUAUCUAUUCUGCCAGAUAUAUCUAUUCUGCCAGAUAUAUCUAUUCAGCCAGAUAUAUCUAUUCCCCAUGAUACACAGGUCGACCCUUAUCCCAAACCUGGUUUUUCAAAUGAUUCAUUGACAAAUAGUGAUCCAUUUAGUGCAUUAAAUGCAUUAAUGGAUCAAAUAUUAUUGUCAACAAGUAAUUCGAAUAACGAAGAUAAAUGUCCAGAUACAUAAAAGUAAGACUUGCAGACAACAUUAUUGUUUUGACACUACUUAAUUAAAAAAAAUAUAUUAUUAAGUAAUGUAUGGGGUGGUACUCGUAUAAUAG